AUGACUACUCAAGGAUCAGCAAAGCGAGAGAAAGGCAUGGGAGACUUCGAGCCUGCCUUUAGCAAGCCUGGGCAAGGGAACACCGAAUUCAUAGCAAACCAGGAUGGCAAAACCCAAACCGAGUCAGAAGUUCCGCUGCCAACCGCGCUUGAAAGUGAGCUUCGAAAUCUUAAGGAGUCAUUUACAGUCACAACCAGUAUGCUCAAAGAAAUUGUCAAGCAAUUCGAGCAUGAGCUUGCUGAAGGGCUGGAGAAGAACGCUCAAAAUAUCGCUAUGUAUCCGACUUGGGUACUAGGAUACCCAUCCGGCCGUGAAAAGGGGCAGUACCUCACCCUAGACCUCGGAGGAACUAACUUACGCGUGUGUUGGAUUACGCUCAAAGGCCGUGACUACGAGACAGACAUCGUACAAGACACCUACCGGGUACCAGAGCACAUCAAGACAGGCUCUGCUGAUGAGCUUUGGGAUUUGAUUGUGGACUCUCUGAAGGAUUUCACUGGAAAACACAAAUUGCAAGGCGCUGAAGACGAACCACUGCCACUGGGUUUCACAUUCUCAUAUCCAGUGCACCAAGAUCACAUCGACCGAGGAAGACUUGUGACUUGGACGAAAGGAUUCAACAUCAAGGGAGUCGAACAGGAAGACGUGGUAUCCCAGCUCGGCGAGGCACUCUCAAGAAGGAAGCUGCCUAUCAAGAUCAUCGCUUUGAUCAACGAUACGGUUGGCGCGAUGAUUGCCUCGGCAUACAGCGACCCCGAAACCAUUAUUGGUGCAAUAUUUGGCACCGGGUGCAACGCAGCGUAUAUGGAGAAUGUUGGCGCGAUACCGAAGAUCAGCAGUUCUGGGCUGGCACCGGAACUUCUUCUUGCUAUCAACUGCGAGUAUGGCGCUUUCGACAAUUCCCACCGUGUCCUGCCAAGGACAAAGUACGACAUCGAAAUUGACAAUGAGUCUGCCAAGCCCGGGGAGCAGGCCUUUGAGAAGAUGAGUGCUGGCUUGUACCUAGGAGAGCUCUUUCGCCUGGUCAUCCUGGACCUCUAUGAGCGGGGCGUCUUAUUCAAGGGACGAGAUGUCCCGAAGUUAAAGGAGUCCUAUUGUAUGGAUACGGGUUUCCUCUCCUGCCUGGAAAAUGACCCUCUGGAAGACCGAGGGGCUCGCUACAGGGAAACUCUGGGCUUCGAGCCAACGCCAGGAGAGGUCGAGUUCUCACGAAUGCUUGCAGAAGUUAUUGCGGUGCGCGGUGCGCGGCUAUGCGCUUGCGGCAUUGCUGCUAUUUGCACGAGGAAAGCGAUUCAGACAGGUCAUGUGGCAGCCGACGGCAGUGUUGCCAACAAGCAUCCAAAGUUCAAGGCUAGAUGGAGCAAAGCCUUGGGCGAAAUUCUCGACUGGCCCGCGGACCGAAAAAGCGAUCCAAUCACGAUGACAAGCGCAGAAGAUGGUAGCGGAGUUGGCGCCGCGAUCAUCGCAUCCAUGACCAUGGCCAAUCCUCGGGCUGGGGGCUGGAAGUGA